AUGUGUGUUGACUACCGGGAUCUCAACCGAGUAAGCCCCAAGGAUAAUUUUCCACUGCCACAUAUUGACACAUUGGUUGACAAUACAGCUGGUCAUGCUCUUUUUUCCUUCAUGGAUGGUUUUUCAGGCAUGAUGAAACUGGAAGAAGAGAAAGAGCUAUUUACUAAUGCCCCAGUCUUGAUGGAGUCAACGGCUUUAACUGGAAGGAUGACAAGAUGGCAAAUGUUGUUGUCUGAAUUUGAUAUAGUCUAUAUGAAUAAAAAAGCGGUGAAAAGAAGUGUUAUUGCUGAUUUCCUAGCAUGCAGAGCAUUAGAAGACUAUAAGCCAAUGAAGUUUGAUUUCCCAAAUGAGGACUUAAUGAGUAUAUUCGUUGCGGAAUAA